AUGGCACCUCCAAUCCCUGGCCAAAAUUAUCCUUUCUGGAACAGUCCAAUCCUCAACCAAGAAUAUCCACGUUGGAACAACCUAUUCGACACAAUAAACCUCAACGACCAAGAAUCUCUCCAAAGAAUCCUCCAAGCAGCCAACACCGCAGAGAAAUUCCACCCAUUCAACCUCAAACUCCCUGCAAACACCACCUUAAACAAUGCAGAAAUAAUCGCACUCCGCGACCUUUCCUAUGCUUUUAACCGAAAUUUUCUCUGUAGAGAUAUAGUACGCCAUCUUAUAUCAUUGUCUAGAUAUGACGAUGGAGAAUUUACUCUGGGGAGAGAAAUGAAAUUCUAUAUUGAGAUUCUGAAAAAUUGUAAGUUGAGUCCUGUGCGGAAGCCAUUGGUUUAUCUUCGGGUUCGGAGAGAAUUUUGUUUUUGUGCGUCGGAUUUGGGAUUUUUUGAUGAGGAUGAAGCGAAGAGGGAAUUGGAUAGAUGGGAGAGUUGGGGGUUUGAUGGAGGGUGGGAGGAUAUGGAUGUUGAGGGGGUACAUGUUACUUGUGACCGAAAUUAUAGGUUGGGGAAUGGUAGAAAUGGGGAUGGGAGUGAAGUUGCGCGAGCAAAAGAUGAGGAAGGAGCUGAGAUUUUCGAGGUAACCCAUAAUUCAUCCUACCCGUAAAUAAGUAUCAUCAUACUGACUAAUUCUCCUCUCAAAGGCAGCCAAAAUCCUCAUGUCUAUGAGGGCGCAGAGAAAUUGA